AGCACAAAUUAAGCGUUACGACAUUUCUUUGCUGAAGCUAAAUAGAAAUAUUAAGUUAUGUUUCAUGUUCUAUUCAGCUUGUAUAUGGCUUUCUCAUGAUGAAUGCAACAUUCACAACGCUAUACGACUCCUUUCGCUACAUAGAUGAUCGCUUUUAUCAAUGGUGGUGGCUCGCUCGUAUGCCAAAUGAUUAUUAUUUCAUUUGUAUAAAUGUCACAAGUGACCAAUUCAAAUAACUCGUUUCACUUGAAAGGUUUACAUAUCAGCUAUCAGGCAGGUAGAGGACAAAACACUUUCCGUGAACUAAAAUGAAAACUUCAAAUUUUAGAAGAAAUCUAUUGUUUUUCAAUUUGCAUAACAAGACUACAAACUAUCGGGUCGACUACGUCAAUAAGACAAAUGCCGACAGAAAAUUACCAAAGCUGAUCUAUAUAAACGGCCCGACUUUUGGUCAUUGGCAUCUUUUAGUUAAAUAUACAUUGAAUGGUCUAUCUGGACGUAGAACGAUGCCAUAAUUCCAAUCCAACUGAUCACCUGGUUUUAAAUUUUCUUCUAUUUUAUAUUUUUGUAAAAAGCAAAUUACAAACAAAGAAAUUUCCAUGAUUGCAAUACGUCGACCAACGCACAUCCGGCGACCAAAACCGAACGGAAGCAGUGAAAAUGGAUGAAAAUCUUUGUUUUCUCGUAACCACCUUUCAGGUUUAAAUUUUUCAUCAUCACCAUAUAACUUCUGAUGAAGUUGUUUAGGUUUCGCCGACGACAAAGUAAUUAUCGUACCCGGAGGAACUUCGUACCCACUUAGAACAAUCGAUUUAGAUAACUUGCGACUUGUUCCCAAUACUAACAAGUUUGUACGAAAUACUUCAUGUAUCGUGGCUUUGAGGUGCUAACGCAAGUAACUUUUCGCAAAGGACUUGUCAAGACUUAUCAUUUCAUUUUUCUCGAUUCAAGAAAUUUUAUGCCCAUGAAUCACAUAAUGAAUUGGCGAAUCUUUUUUGUCAUGGUAAACGUUUUCAUUUUCUGCCAUUCAAGAACCUUGACUUCAAAAGAAGAAAUGCCUUUAUCUGGUUUACUUAGCGAUUUCAAAAAUGAAGGAGAUAACAUAAUUGAAAAAAGAAUAACAAAGGACAACUGUUGUCGUCGUCCUGGUUAUGUAUACUAUUCGAAAAUUCUGGGUGAGCCGAAAUGUGUACGAAGAUUAAAGAGCGUGCGGAAGAAUUUGCGUUUACGUAAACAUAGAAUGUAUUUAAAGUCAAAUAUAUUUCUGCUUGGUGGAAACUUGAUAUUAUACAAAGGUAUUCUCAUGGCGACAAUUUGUCCUCCAGCUUCAUGUUAUGAUGUUAAAUAGCUGUGUCAAAAACUUUUUAUAGUUUUCAUAAUAUGUAUACCCCAUUCUUGUACUUAAUGCUUUAUAUGAUUUUUGAUGUUGUUAUGACCAGUUUCUGUAGUAGACGGGUGUUAUAACAUUUAAUAAUCAUUUUACUCAUCAUUAAUUGCACAAGACGAAGAAAAAUAAACCAUUCUUGACUAUGCUUGCUCAAAUACAUAAA